UCCUCCCUUGGUCGCAGUCUCUCUUCGCUCCUCCGCUCUCCGUCUCACCAAAAAAAAAAAAAUCCCCCCUAGCUAGGGUUUUACUUUCCCCUCCGCCAAGCUUUUACCCCCCCCACCAUGACCCCCGCCGAGCUGCUCCGCGCCCAGCUCGAGGAGCACAACAUCGAGGGAGAUGAGCCUAUCGUUGAGGAUGAUGAUGACGACGAUGAGGAUGAGGAUGAAAAAGAUGACGAUGACGUUGCGGGAGUUGAUGCUAGUGGAAGAUCUAGGCAGAGUAGGAGCGAGAAGAAGAGCAGGAAAGCCAUGGAGAAGCUUGGCAUGAAGGCCAUUACUGGUGUGAGCCGUGUAACUAUCAAGAAGAACAAGAGCGUUUUGUUUGUCCUCUCCAAGCCAGAUGUCUUCAAGAGCUCAAACUCAGAUACCUACGUCAUGUUCGGGGAGGCCAAGAUUGAGGACCUGAGCACUCAGCUGCAUUCACAAGCGGCGGAGCAGUUCAAGGCGCCGAGCCCGAGCAGCGUCAUCUCGAAGGGCGAGCCGUCCAUGGCAGCAGCCCAUGACGACGAGGAGGUUGAUGAGACUGGUGUUGACAAGAAGGACGUUGAGCUCGUGAUGACGCAGGCCUCCGUGCCGAGGUCCAGGGCUGUGAAGGCACUCAAGGCUGCGGGCGGUGACAUCGUCAGUGCCAUCAUGGAGUUGACUAACUAGGUAGGUGCCCAAAGGUGGAAUUGUGUCCUGAUAAUAGGGUCUUGGAUAGCAAAGCAGUCUUUUGGUAUGCCAUCUUGAAUGUUGCAGUUGCGGGAUUGGAGGUUCUGUCUCUCUGUUGAAACUAGCACUGGGAUGUGUAGGUUUCGUUGGCGUUUUAAACAUCUGAUGAUCACUCUUUAUGGGAAAUAUCUGAUUCGACUGUGCCAAAUUUUGCUACAA